AUGGCCAAAGUUAUCGGAACUCACAACGGACACUUCCACUGCGACGAGGCGCUCGCCGUCCAUAUGCUCCGACAGUCCAAGGAGUUCAAGAAUGCCGACCUUGUCCGCACACGCGACCCUGCCAAGUUGGCGACAUGCGAUGUUGUUGUUGAUGUCGGAGGCGUUUAUGACCCUGCUACUCAGCGUUAUGAUCACCACCAGCGUGGAUUCACUGAGGUCUUUGGCGGAAAGUUCGAUACCAAACUCAGCAGUGCUGGACUCGUCUACAAGCAUUUCGGAAAGGAGAUCAUCGCGACUCUCUUGAACUUGGAGGAGUCGGAUCCCAAGGUUGAGCUCCUUUACCAAAAGGUCUACGAGAACUUUAUCGAGGCUCUCGACGGCGGUGACAACGGUAUCUCUCAGUACCCCGCCGACAUCAAGCCCAAGUACCGUGUCGGUACCGCGCUCCCUCAGCGUGUCGCAGGAUUGAACCCCUGGUGGAACCAAAAGGAUGUAGAUGUCGAUGGACAGUUCUUGAAGGCUGUUGCGAUGACGGGUCAGGAUUUCACGGAUUCGGUUCGGUACUUGGGUCAGUCGUGGUUGCCUGCCCGGGAUUUGGUCGUCAGCGCGUUGGAUAAGCGGAUGGAUAUUCAUCCCUCGGGAAAGAUCUUGGUCUUUGAUCAGUCUUGCCCCUGGAAGGAGCAUUUGUUCAACUUGGAGGAGGAGUUGUGUAUUGAGGACAAGCCCGUGUAUGUGUUGUACCCCGAUGAUAACAACCAGUGGAGAGUCCAAUGUGUUCCUCCUUCGCCCGAGAGCUUUGAGUGCAGGAAGGCGUUGCCUCAGGAGUGGAGAGGAUUCCGUGAUGAGGAGUUGUCCCAGCGUAGUGGGAUCCCUGGAGGCAUCUUUGUCCAUAUGGGAGGCUUUAUUGGUGGAAACAAGACUCAUGAGGGUGCUCUUGAGAUGGCUGUCAAGGCCUUGGACGUUUAA